GCUCCAGGUUCCCCUGAUAUCCAAAAACAAAUUAUUUGCGAACCAAUCUAUAUUAAAAAAGAAAAGCAUCGUAAUUGGUUUAAACCAAACAUUGAUAUACAAUUCGAAGAAAUAUCAAUAAUUGUUAUUAUUUUGGUAUAUCCUCCAAAACAAAGUGAGUAGUUUUGAAUUUACAAUUUCCGUUUAACUGUUAUGAUGUGAGCCGAAAGCGGAGAGCACGUGUUAGUAUCUAUCGCGCGACUGCUUGGUGUGUUUGGCUUAUGGUCAAUCACUCAUCUAAUCCUGACAAAAACUACGCCAGCUGAAAAAAUGGUAGACGCGGCUCAAGUGCUCGGGUCUUCGAAGAAACACAAAAAAGACAAAAAAAAAUCAGCCAAGAGCGUAGGUGAGGCUCAAGUGUCAGGCGAUUUUCGUAUUGAACCGUCAUCUGGUGCACCUACUCUAGAUACAUCGGAAUGGCCUCUUCUUUUGAAGAACUUUGACAAACUUGUCGUCCGUACAAACCAUUACACCCCUGUGCCCCAAGGCUCAUCGCCUCUAAAGCGUCCCCUCAAGGAGUAUUUGAAGUCUGGUUACAUCAAUCUUGAUAAACCAUCAAAUCCUUCUAGUCACGAGGUCGUGUCUUGGAUUAAGCGUAUCCUAAAAGUCGAGAAGACAGGUCAUUCUGGCACACUUGACCCGAAGACGUCAGGCUGUCUUGUCGUAUGUAUCGAUAGAGCCACAAGGCUCGUCAAAAGUCAGCAGGGUGCCGGAAAAGAGUAUGUUGGCGUCUUCCAACUGCACGAGCCACCAGAAAGCGUUGCAAAGGUGUACCAAGUUGUCGAAAAGCUGCAAGGAGCUUUGUUCCAACGUCCACCUCUGAUUGCCGCCGUCAAGCGUCAGCUUCGGGUGCGCACAAUUUACCAACAAAAAUUAGUAGAAUAUGAUGAGGAAAAGCGUUCGGGUAUUUUAUGGAUGUCGUGCGAAGCUGGCACGUACGUGCGUACAUCGUGCGUUCAUAUUGGCCUUCUCUGUGGGACGGGCGGUAUCAUGACCGAGCUACGACGCGUCCGUUCCGGCACGAAUCGAGAACGUGACACGAUGGUGACAAUGCAUGACAUCAAAGAUGCAAUGUAUGUAUAUGAAAACAACAGGGACGAGAGUUAUCUGCGUCGGGUUGUUCGUCCCUUAGAGGGCUUGCUUACCGAUAAGAAGAGGAUCGUGAUGAAGGAUUCGUCGGUAAACGCCAUCUGCUACGGUGCGAAAAUCAUGUUGCCUGGGGUGUUGCGCUACGAUGAGGGCAUCGAACUUAACGAGGAGGUCGUUGUCAUGACUACCAAGGGCGAAGCAAUUUGCUUAGCUAUUGCUCAAAUGACCUCCUCCACAAUUUCGUCAGUUGACCACGGCUGUGUAGCUAAAAUCAAGCGUGUCGUUAUGGAGCGUGACACCUAUCCCCGGUCAUGGGGUCUUGGAAAGACGGCGUUGGCUAAGAAGAAGCUUAUUGAGGAGGGUAAACUCGACAAAUACGGACGCCCUAAUGAGAAAACGCCAGCUAGCUAUGUAGAGGGCGCUGCUAUGGAAGUAGAAAAACCUAAGACUGCUAAGAAAACUACUGUAAAGGCCGAGUGCUCCGAUGAUUCUGACGAGCCGGAGAAACCUGCGAAAAAGGUUAAGAAGCCAGCUAAAAAGGAGAGUAGCUCUGAGGAUAGCUCCGACUCUGAUGCGGCUGCCAAACCGCCAACUAAGAAGCCCAAGGUACCCGUUAAAAAGGAAGAUUCUGAUGACGAGAGCUCCGAUGAAGAAGUCUCUGCACCUCCCGCAAAAGCAAAAGCACCACCUGUCAAAGCGAGGAAGCCUACAGAGGCGGAAAGCAGUUCAGAUGACUCCUCGGAUGAUGAUUAGACCUUAAGCAAUAGCAAACAAACACCUGUAACAUUGCAAAGCAUUGUUGUGGAUUACAUGCAUAUGCAGAAACAACCAGACAGUAGUUAUGGUGAAAGAACGAACGACAAACGGAGAAAAAGGUGCGAGCAAGCGAGAACGAAUGAGGCGAGAAAUUGAUGAUUAUUCAAACGGGAGCAAACCGGUAUUAUGGGACAAAACCCUUGCCUUGGCGACAGAGUUAAACAGCUACAUGCACGUAGCUGUAAUUGAAUCGGUCUAAUUUAGUUUGGGCAAGACGUGUUCCGUAAGGUUGUGCUGCACAAAUCAUAUGAAAUGAUAGACGGGUCUGAGAGAGGAGGUCUUAAAUACGAUGUUGAUUUACUUACGGUUACCCUUAUUAUUACUGUAGUCAACAUAUAAUAAUAGUUUAUUAUGAUAAGUAUCCUAUUGUACAAUAAGGACAUCAUACACUAAGGAAGCUGCGGUUAAGCUAAUAAAAAAUAACGUUCAAUUUAAACUAAAGAAACAUUCACUAUUACACAAUAACAAAUAUAAAUAAAGCACUGAAAACCGA